UUUACAUAAACCAGGUGAACAACCUCAAAUGUAUCCUGAAUUAAUCAAACCUCAUUUAGAAUUCACCAAAGGUCAAGUAUUCACCAGAUUCCCACCAGAACCAAAUGGAUUCUUACAUAUUGGACAUUCCAAAGCUAUUAUGGUUAAUUUCGGUUAUGCUGCUUAUCAUAAAGGGAAAUGUUAUCUUAGAUUUGAUGAUACUAAUCCAGAAGCUGAAGAAGAAAUUUAUUUCGAAUCAAUUAAAGAAAUUGUUCAUUGGUUAGGUUUCAAACCAUGGCAAAUCACUUAUUCAUCUGAUUAUUUCCAACAAUUAUAUGAUUUAGCUGAACAAUUGAUUAAAAAUGAUAAAGCUUAUGUUUGUCAUUGUACUGCUGAUGAAGUUAAAAUCCAAAGAGGAUUAAAACCAGAUGGAACUUUAGGAGGUGAAAGAAAAGGAUGUGUUCAUCGUUCAAACCAAUCUAUUGAAGAAAACCUUGCUAAAUUCAGAGAUAUGAAAGAUGGUAAAUAUGAAAUUGGGGCAGCUACUUUAAGAAUGAAACAAGAUUAUACUAAUUCUAAUCCUCAAAUGUGGGAUUUAGUGGCUUAUAGAGUUUUAAAUAAACCUCAUCACCGUACUGGAUCAACAUGGAAAAUAUAUCCAACUUAUGAUUUCACUCACUGUUUGGUUGAUUCCUUUGAAAAUAUUAGUCAUUCCUUAUGUACUACUGAAUUUAGAUUAAGUCGUGAAAGUUAUGAAUGGUUAUGUGAUGUCUUACAUGUUUAUAGACCUGCUCAACGUGAGUAUGGUAGAUUGAAUAUCACCGGUACUGUUUUAUCCAAGAGAAAGAUUGCUAAAUUAGUUAAUGAUCAUCAUGUUCGUGGUUGGGAUGAUCCAAGAUUAUUUACUCUUGCUGCUAUUAAGAGAAGAGGGGUUCCACCAGGAGCUAUUUUAUCAUUCAUAAAUACUUUAGGUGUUACUAUCAGUGAAAGUAAUAUUCAAGUAGUUAGAUUAGAAUCUGCUAUUAGAAAUUUCUUAGAUCAUCUGACUCCAAGAUUAUUCAUGUUAUUAGAUCCAAUUAAGAUUAUCAUUGAUAAUUUUGAUGAAAUUCCAGAAGAAGGUAAAACUCCAGUUGAAAUUCCUUAUAGAAACAACUGUAAUCAAUUCAACAAAUCAAGAAAAGUAUCCAUAAGUUCAACUUUAUAUAUUGAACGUAAUGAUUUCAGUAAUGUGAUUGAUGAUGCUGAAUAUUUCAGAUUAACUCCAAACCAACCAGUAGGAUUAAUCAAAUUACCAUACACCAUCAGUGUUAAUAAAGUUAAUUAUAAUGCUGAUAAACAAAUUGAAUCCAUCAAUGUUAAAUAUAAUUAUGGUGAUUCCAAGAUUAAACCAAAGACUUUUAUUCAAUGGAUUAGUAAUGAAAACAAAAUCAAUAUUAAAGAAAUUAGAAUUUAUAAUCAAUUAUUUAAGAGUGAGAAUCCAAAUCAAAACCCAGAUGGGUUCUUAAGUGAUAUUAACCCUGUCAGUGAACAAGUCAUUACUACUGGUUUGAUUGAAAAGGGAGGAUUUGAUGAAAUUAAAGCCUUAAGUCCAUUGAAUAUCGAAGUACCAAAUAAUCAAUUCAAUAUUGCUGAAGAUGGAGGUAAGAAUACCAUCAGAUUCCAAGCUUUAAGAGUUGGUUAUUUCUGUGUUGAUAAAGAAAGUGGUGAUAAUGAUGAUGAAGUAAUUCUUAAUAGAAUUGUCACCUUAAAGGAAGAUUCUGCUAAGAAAUAAAUUAAUAAUUUACAUUUAAGUCUGUUUUGAUUGCAAAAGAUAGAUAAUCUGAUAUACAUAUAUAUAUAUAUACAUAGUAGCAAUAAUGAUAAUAAAUAAAUAUUAUAUUGAAAU